AUGCCAGCAUUGAAGAUCCCACUUUUCAAAAUGAAGGACAUGAUACUGAUCCUGUGCCUCCUGAAAAUGAGUUCUGCAGUGCCGGUGUUUCCUCAGCAACCUGGGACACCAGGCAUGGCUAGUUUGAGCCUUGAGACAAUGAGACAGUUGGGAAGUUUGCAGGGAUUAAACAUGCUUUCUCAGUAUUCAAGAUUUGGCUUUGGGAAAUCAUUUAAUUCUUUGUGGAUGCAUGGUCUCCUCCCACCACAUUCCUCUUUCCCGUGGAUGAGACCAAGGGAACAUGAAACUCAACAGUAUGAAUAUUCUUUGCCUGUGCAUCCCCCACCUCUCCCAUCGCAGCCAUCCCUGCAGCCUCCACAGCCAGGACAGAAACCUUUCCUCCAGCCCACCGUUGUAACCUCCGUCCAGAACACAGUCCAGAAGGGAAUACCUCAGUCUCCGAUUUACCCGGGACAUCCACCCUUGCAGCAAUCAGAGGGGCCAAUGAUUCAACAGGUGGCACCAUCAGAAAAGCCAUCAAAGACCGAGUUGCCAGGAAUGAAUUUUCCUGAUCCACAAGAUCCAUCGAUGUUUCCAAUAGCCCGUUUUAUAUCUCUGGGACCAGUGCCACAAAAUAAACCACCUCCACUUUAUCCAGGAAUAUUUUACAUGUCCUAUGGAGCAAAUCAAUUGAACGCUCCUGCCAGACUUGGCAUCAUGAGCUCAGAAGAAAUGGCUGGAGGAAGAGGAGGCCCCAUGGCCUAUGGAGCCAUGUUCCCGGGAUUUGGAGGCAUGAGGCCCGGCCUUGGAGGGAUGCCCCCCAAUCCAGCCAUGGGCGGGGACUUUACUCUGGAAUUUGACUCCCCAGCCGCUGGAACCAAAGGCCCGGAGAAGGGAGAAGGAGGUGCACAAGACCCCCCUGUGCCGGAGGCCAACCCAGCCGAUCUGGAAAACCCAGCUCUCCUUUCAGAGCUAGCACCUGGUGCCCUUGGAGGGCUUCUUGCUAAUCCUAAAGGCAAUAUCCCCAACCUAGCAAGAGGCCCUGCAGGGCAGAGCAGGGGACCCCUCAGGGUCACCCCAGCAGCUGCAGACCCACUGAUGACCCCUGGAUUAGCUGAUGUUUAUGAGACCUACAGUGCUGAUGAGACCACAACUCUGGGUCUCCAGGAAGAAACCACCGUGGAUUCCACAGUGACCCCUGACAGUCAGCACACAUCGAUGCCAGGAAACAAGGCCCAGCAGCCCCAGAUUAAGCAUGAUGCAUGGCAUUUCCAAGAGCCCUGA